AUGGAGAUUCAUAGAAAAUUCACGGAUAAGGUCAAGACAUAUCCAAAGUACUUUCAAAUGUUCCUCAUCGUUUUGGUUGUGACGUUCAUCAUAACUAUUCUCGUUGUAGGAAGUGUAUCUGAGCCAGGCCGGCUCCUGCAGUUAUACGCCCCUUCUGAGGAGUUUGAUUUAUAUAGAGUUUAUUUCUUCAAAGUUUGCCGGUCUAAGAUUGAUGGGAUCAACGACGGCUGUCAUGGGAAUUUACCGGUGGUUCUUUCUGAUGAUGCUUCCUUUGCUGGAUUUCCAAAUCUUAGAAUUAUCUUUGCCUUAUUUUUUCUGAGUGGCCUCGCCCAUCUCGCCCAUGGCUUCUUCGGCAUAAAGGUUCAUUUGAAUCAUCUACAUCACCCCAAAAUCGAAAAUGCGAUGGCUUUUAUGUCCUUCUUCACCUUGCUUGCGGCUGCAAUCGCCUGCCCAUGGAUCUUGAUCGAUUAUCGGUGGCAAAUUCAGUCUGUUAGUGAAGAUGAAAUCACUGUAAAUAUCAGUACUACCAUCAUUGGGUUGGGGCUCACGGCAGUGCUCUUCAGUCUCGUGAGUAGGGAGAUACUGAUUGUGGGAACACUCAAGAACGAGAGAGCGAUUCAAGAGUUUUCGGCAAGAGCAACUCAGGCCUACUUCGAGAGGGUACCCGGCCUCGAUGCAAAUGUCGAUGCCUCUUGGAACGAGAAUGGCGCCGUCUCCAAAUGUAUACGCACGGGGACCUCAAAGGUCUCCACCUCAACCUCAACCUCUCAAGGACCGCCACCUCCAACGUAUGCAGGAUACGGUCGUGGCUCAGGUUGA